CGGCCUCCCUUGCUUGGCUCUGGCUGGGAAGGAAAGGAGCGGGGUGAGGGAAUGGUUUAGCGGGCAAGCAGCUGCAAAACUACCCCAAGGGAAUGCAAAACUUUCAGGCUGAAAUUGACCACAAGACGCCGUGCCUGCGUGCCUGAAGACUUAUUAACACAUUACCUGGUUUCUCAUGGAAGCAGAUGGGUUUGUGAGGAGGCGUCGGAUGACAGCGGAGACUGCAGGCAAUGAUCCCGGAGUUGCGGGCGCAUCUGCCGGGGCAGAAGUUCGAUGGCUGGGAGGAAGAUUCUGGGUAGUUUCGGAAAGUAUUGUGGGAAGCCUGACACCUCGUAUCGGAAGCGAGACAGAACUACAGACUGUUGACUUUAUUCGUACUGCACAAGAUCAAACAGAGGACUCUGAACCAGACUAUGAGGGUUUACCACAGGGAGCCUCCACCAGCACCCACAUGUUGGCUGGAGCCGUGGCCGGGAUCAUGGAGCACUGCCUCAUGUUCCCCAUCGACUGUGUCAAGACAAGAAUGCAGAGCCUCCAGCCCGACCCCGCAGCCCGCUACAGGAACGUGAUGGAUGCUCUCCGCCGAAUUAUAGCCACAGAGGGCAUCUGGCGGCCAAUGAGAGGGCUGAAUGUGACAGCUGUUGGGGCAGGGCCUGCCCAUGCCCUCUAUUUUGCCAGCUAUGAGAAACUCAAAAAGACUCUAAGUGAUGUCAUUCACCCAGGGGCUAACAGUCAUUUGGCUAAUGGAGCAGCUGGGUGUGUGGCCACUCUGCUUCAUGACGCAGUCAUGAACCCAGCUGAAGUUGUGAAGCAGCGCAUGCAGAUGUAUAAUUCGCCCUACCGUGGCGUGUUGGACUGUAUACGCGCUGUGUGGCAGAGAGAGGGCGCUGCAGCGUUUUACCGCAGCUACACCACCCAGCUCACCAUGAACGUGCCCUUCCAGGCGCUCCACUUCAUGACCUAUGAGUACCUUCAGGAGCUGCUCAACCCCCACAGACAGUACAAUCCCUCAUCCCACAUGUUGUCCGGAGCUUUGGCCGGGGCCAUCGCGGCUGCGGCCACCACACCUCUGGACGUCUGCAAGACCCUGCUCAACACCCAGGAGUCUCUAACCCUCAGUUCCCUGUCUUCCGGCCAAGGCCCCGGCCAGGGCCAAGGCCAAGGAGCCCACAGACAUAUCUCAGGCCUAGCCCAUGCCUUCCGGACAGUAUACAGGCUGGGCGGCCUGCAGGGCUUCUUCAAGGGAGUCCAGGCGAGGGUCAUCUACCAGAUGCCCUCCACAGCCAUUAGCUGGUCAGUGUAUGAGUUCUUUAAGUAUGGACUCACCAAGCAUCAGCACAACAAGAGGCGAACGCAGCAAAUUGAGGCUGAGACAUAGAUGCCUCUUCUCACAUUGCUUUGCCCUCCUUGUGAGGAGAAGAUGAAGUCAAUACGCACAUAGAAUCUGACUAAAAUCACCUCAGUUGUCCCAUCCCUCUCAGACAUAGCAGAUAAGAAAGACAUCUUUGAAGACAGUUUGAGUAGUUAUGUUCCUGCAGCACUAUUUCAAGACUAGGCACGGUUUGAGUUAUGUUGUUUCUCUCUACUAGGAGACAAGCAUUUACACAGUAUUAUAGAACUAGUUUAUCUGGAGAUUUUUUUUUUCUUAAAACCAUUCUAGUGACCAGUACAAGCUAAGGAAAAUGUGAAGAAUGCACAAGUUUUGAGUCGGAGAGGUAGUCAGCAGAGGGCAGUAGUGUUAAUUUGUUAACUUUCUGGUAGUUUCAUACGCUUUGCUGUCCUAGGAUCAGAUUUAAUGAAUAAAAAUGAUAACUGACUCCUGAUACAGAGCCCUUUUUGGAUUCAUGCAUUCAUUUUUUUUGUAUAUCUCAUAACAAUAUUCUCACAGUAAUCCAAGACCAGACAAGUUGUUUGUUUUGGUGUCUAGUUGGGGGUACACAAAGGCAUUCAGUCCCUUAUUAAAAGUAUCUAUUAAGUCUUCCAUUCUGAUUUAAAUGCAAAUUGAACAUGGGUGAGGACAUUUUGUUGUUAAUUCAAUACAUUAAUCUACUGACUGAUCAGUGGCCAGAUACCUUUUUUAUAGAAAUGUAAUGGAACCCUGCAAACAAAAGUGAAGACCACCAAAUAUACAUAUAUAUUAUAUGCAAAUAGUAUGAUAUUGACUCCACAAAUGAACAAAGAGAACAUGGAUCAGAUUGGGUUUCCCUUUUUGUUUGGCUGUUGGUGGUUCAAAGAAUGAAUUUGAAUAAUUAAAUACUUUCUUUGCCCUUUAUCAAAUGUCAAAGUUCAUGAUUGUUGCCCAUGAUAGAAUUGGAAAGAGAAAUAUCAACUUUCAGUUGAAGUUUCUGAAGUGUAUGUUUAGUUUAUUUUAACUAAAGUUGAUUCCUCAAAUGUUAUUUUAUUUCCAGAAAAAACAUUGGUUUCUUUUGUUUUCUUAUGGUCCCAUUUAUGAAUUUAACCAACCCACUCAACUACUCACCAUUAUUGCCUUGUGUACCAGUUUGGCAGAGCAGCGUUAUGAUGGCCAUUCCUGUGCAUUAACUGUAGCUACCAGCCUGUUUUCAUCUUGUGAACUACUGAGUGUCAAUAUCUCUGCUUGAUAGCAAAGGCUGCAUAAGAUGUACCAUGCUCCAAAAAUAUGAAUUUUACUAAAAUUUAUGUGGAGUUCAGUAUCCCAGAAGAAGUUAAAUCGUACCCCUGUUGAGUACACAUAAAUGGAAGCUGUCAUUCUUAUUGAUUGAAGUCUGAUUGUUUCUGACACUGAAUUGCACUCGAAUAAAGACUGAGCAGUGGGGCUCCACUCACUGCUCAUAAAUGA